ACAACCACCUGUAUGAAUGCCGUAUGGAAAAAGCUCUGCCCUCAAGUUGUUCAUGAUUUCACUGGGUUUGAAAAUAUUCAGGAGGAGCAGGAGGAGGUUGUUGACAAUUUAAUCUCCAUGAGUGAGAAACUGGAGCUAGAGCUGGAGGAGCAGGACUUCACAGAGUUCUUUGAUGACCAUGACAAGGAGCUAUCUAAUGAUGAACUACGAGAAUUGGAGAAGCAGAGGAAGGAGGCAGAAGAGGCAGAGGAGGAAGAAGUGGAAAUGCCACCAAAACAUUUCCAAACUAAAAAGAUGGCAGAAGCUUUUGCAUCCAUGGAGGUAGCCUUGGCAAAUUUUGAAGAACAGGACCCAAAUGAAGAACGACAUGCCAAGGUGUCAGCAGCUGUUCAUGAUGCACUGAAAUGCUACCGCGUCAUAUACGAGGAAAAAAAGAAGGCUGUGAGCCAGUCGUCGCUUCAUCGGUUCUUCAAACGGGUAGAUAAACGUGAGGCAACAGUACCAUCCACUCCUCAGUCAGUGCCAUCUACCCAUGAGCCAGUGCCAUCUUCAUCCUUUACUCACACGCCUGACGCUGACGACCCCUCCACCAUCUCGUCACCCCGUUCCUCGCCCGCCACUUCCCCCAACAAAUCCAAGUGAACAAGUAUGGUAUGGUGUCAUCCCCCAGUCUAACGGAUAGGCUUCGUGUUGUGUGACGGCCCUGGUUGUGUUUUCCUGCCCAGCUGACCACACGCCAUCUUAUCGAUCGGUUCGCCAGCCAGUCACCACUACAAUAUAUUUUGUUUUUAAAUAAAGUAUGUUUCUACAUUAAAGUUGUAUGAAUCACCAUCAAAUAAUACUAAAAGCAUUACAUAUUACAGGUACUGUAUAAGAUAUGUCGUACUUAUUGGGAUUUAUGUACAGGUAUUCUUAAUGUAAACAAAACUUUAAAACAAUGGGGAAAAAGGCAAUGGCCGACUUUGGAUAUACAAACAAAUGGAGUUACGAACGGCCUCUCGGUCCCCAUUAUGUUCGUAAGUUGGGGAGCUUUAGUAUACAGUAAUCACUCACGUAUCCAGAUUAUAGCAGCCAAGGCCCUGGCGGAUACGCGAAAUAUCCGGAUAUGUGGAAUUUCCUCUCCCAACCCCUUAUAAAUUGAGAAAAAACAUGUACAUAACCCAAAAGGGU